AUGGUCUACCUGCAUUCUACGUUCCAAGUCCAUUCCAUCGAGGACAUUCCCGGCACUGCAUUUGUUGGCGGCGAACCUCACCCUAACUUUGUGAGCUUGAAAAUUUAUCACAUAGCUCGAGCAUUCAAGAUCGAUGAAGCCAAGCGUAACUUCAUGGCUGCUGUUGACGAGAUUUUCAAUCCAAUAUUUGAGUUGAAGGAAAUGGAAUGGGAGUAUUUCAUUGCGGAAUCGUCGAGAGAUUUGUGGAAAAAUAAAUGGUCUGGUACCACCACAGCCUGA